AUGUUUGAAGAUCUUCUCCAGUCCUCUGCUUCAGCCUCUCUGCUGGGGGCCAUUGUUCUUCUGCUGCUCCUCUACCUUCAGUCCUCCAGCCUGAGCUCCCCUAUAAACCAGAGGGAGCCUCCAGGACCUAAACCUCUUCCCCUGCUUGGCAACCUGCUCCAAGUGGAUCUCAAGGGGCUCGACAGCUCUCUUUUUCAUCUGUCCAAACAGUACGGACCAGUGUUCACAGUCUACUUUGGGCUGAAGAAGGUGGUGAUUCUGGCCGGAUACAGGACAGUCAAAGAGGCGCUGGUCAACCAUGCUGAGGAGUUUGGAGACAGAGUGAUCACCCCAAUAUUCCAUGAUUUUUGCAAAGAAAAUGGAAUAAUAUUCUCCAACGGCGACAACUGGAAAGAGAUGAGGCGCUUUGCUCUGUCCACACUGAGAGAUUUUGGGAUGGGGAAAAGAAUCACUGAAGGACAAAUCAUUGAGGAAUGUGACAACCUGAUUGAAGAAUUCAAACAGCACAAAGGUAAAGCCUUCAACAACAGCCGGACACUCUCUUAUACAUCUACGAAUAUCAUAUCAGCUCUGGUGUUUGGGAAGAGGUUUGAAUACAGUGACCCUGAACUCCAUACACUUGUGGAAACAGGCCAUGAGUCCUUCUAUCUCACAGGAACAAUGUCCAUCCAGAUAUACAAUGCAUUUCCUUGGCUGGGCCCUUGUCUUAAAAACUGGCGAGAUCUGAUGAAGAUGGUAGAAGGUGGUGUGAAGAACAUGAGGAAGAUGAUAGCAGAGCGGAAGGAAAAGCUCAACCCAGAGAUGAGCAGCUGCUUUAUCGAUGCGUUUCUUAGCCGCAAGCAGAACCUGGAGGAGUCUGGAAUAAAGGAUUCACUCUACCACAAUGACAACCUGCUCCACAGUGUGUCAAAUUUGUUAGGCGCUGGGACUGAUACCACGUCAACUACACUUCAGUGGAGCCUGCUUUUAAUGGCCAAGUACCCUCAUGUUCAAGACAAAGUCCAGGAGGAGCUGAGCAGGGUGAUCGGAGGCCGCCAGGCUCGAGGUGAGGACAGGAAGAACCUGCCGUACACCGACGCCGUCAUCCAUGAGAUUCAGAGACUGGCCAACAUUCUCCCCAUGGCCGUCCCUCACAAAACCAGCCGAGACGUCACCUUCCAGGGCUACUUUAUCAAAGCGGGAACCACCGUGUUGCCUCUUCUGACCUCUGUCCUGUACGACGAGAGCGAAUGGGCGAGCCCGCACACUUUCAACCCUUCUCACUUCCUAGAUGCGGAGGGGAAAUUUACCAAGAGAGAUGCCUUCAUGGCCUUUUCUGCAGGUCGCAGAACGUGCCUCGGAGAGAGUCUGGCCAGAAUGGCGCUCUUCCUCAUCUUCACCUCCCUCCUCCAGCACUUCCGUUUCACUCCUCCACCAGGAGUUACAGAGGAUGAGCUGGAUCUGAUGCCGACUGUGGGCUUCACCCUCAGCCCUUUCCCCCACGAGCUGUGUGCUGCCAGCCGCCAGUGA